AUGCAGGCAAAAGUGAUGCCUCAAAUUGUUGAAGACAGUAGUGGACCUGUAGUAAAUGAUUUGAGUGCUAUACCGAUCGGACAAGCUCGCCUUCUUUUAUAUCUGGAUCUCCAAGAUGUUCUCUCUACGCAGCCGGCCUCUGAGACCCUAACACUGCUUGCCAUGAUCCUUGGCACGGAUUGCCAACCCUUCACAGAUGUGGUUUCCGUGCAAUAUACUGCAUCUAUCCUGAAGAUCUCUCCUCAUCCGGUUAGCUCCCCGAUAAUAGGCCGACGGCCCCUGAAGAAAGGCUGGGGCAAUGUUCAGACCCGCGGCCCCCAGACUCCGGAGAGGGGGAUAUGCGGACAGUUUCGCGUUAAAAUGGUUAGUCAACCGUCAAUCACACCCGCAAUAUAG